CCGAUAUCUGAACAGUGAAAAGAUUGAGAAGAAAGCCCAAAAGCCCGGCUAAGGAAACCCUAGCUCCCAUUUUGAAUAAACUCGAUCGUCUCUGUCACAAACUCUAAACCGAGCCUUUCACCCGCCGGCAGCCAUGGGUAUCGAUUUGAAGGCAGGAGGUAAAAGCAAGAAGACGAAGCGCACAGCGCCGAAGUCCAAUGAUAUCUACCUCAAGCUUCUCGUCAAGCUGUACCGGUUUCUGGUGAGGAGGACUGGGAGCAGCUUCAAUAAAGUGGUAUUGAAGAGGCUGUUUAUGAGCAAGAUCAACAAGCCGCCACUCUCUCUGUCCAGGCUUAUCCGCUUCACCAAGGGAUUUGGGCAGGAGGACAAAAUUGCUGUUAUCGUGGGAACAAUCACUGAUGACAUUAGGACCUACGAGGUUCCAGCUUUGAAGGUUACUGCCUUGAGGUUCACUGAGACUGCCAGGGCCAGAAUUGAGAAGGCUGGUGGAGAAUGCUUGACGUUCGACCAGCUUGCUCUGAGAGCUCCUCUUGGCCAGAACACUGUUCUCCUCCGUGGCCCGAAGAACGCUCGCGAGGCAGUGAAGCACUUUGGCCCAGCUCCCGGUGUGCCUCACAGCCAUAGCAAGCCGUAUGUUAGGUCGAAGGGAAGGAAGUUUGAGAAGGCUAGAGGAAGGAGAAACAGCAGGGGUUUCAGGGUUUAAUUUGUGGGGUUUUUUUUUGUCUCGAACAUGCGAACAUUUCGUGCUGUCUUCUCUAUCGGGCGAAAUUUUGCUAGAACCCUAGGCAACUAUCAAACAUCUCUUAUGCUCUGUUUAAUGCUUGGAAAUUGACUCUUUUGUUGUCUGCUGUGAACAACUAUGUUUAUUUUCCAUUUGUGUUGUGAGUUAUAUCCUGC